AUGAAUUCAUUCCCGGUCAGCGAACAAGAUAAGGACGAAUUCCUCAACUACCUGGACCAAAAUGGUAUUUUGGAUAAACUAACCGACGUACUUAUCAUGUUGUAUAGCGAACCAGAACCACCCAUAGAUCCCAUCGAAUAUGUGAGGGGRAAUAUCUACGUGGACAACCCGGAUAUGGAAGAAAUCGUAGACUUAAAGACCCAGAUCCAGAACGCCGCUGUUGAACUAGCCGAGCUCCGAAAAACCAGGGACGAACUCAGAGCUCAACUGGAACAACAUCAACAUGAAUCGCAACCGGAUGAGGAGCACGAGGAAGAACUGGCCAAGGGAUCAGAAAACGGAGACUAUGUUGAUGCCAUCGGGAAUUAA